AUGCGUCAUCCCCACCACGCCGCACGCCAGCUCAAUUCACCGUGCAGGGGCGCGCGCUCUCUCUCUCUCUUCUCUCUCUCUCUCUCUCUCUCUCUCUCUCUCUCUCUCUCUCUCUCUCUCUCUCUCUCUCUCUCUCUCUCUCUCUCUCUCUCUCUCUCUCUCACUCUCUUUCUCUCUCGUGUGUUGUGGAUAUCCCCUGACUGCCGUCGUGAAAAGUCAGCAAAACUAAAAGAUAUGCUCACUUACUUCGCAGCUCGCUCGAGCGGUGGGACAAAAACAGUGGUCAUCCACAACUUCUACACAAGCUUUAUAUUCUUCAUAGAAAGUACCAUAUGCUUUAAAUGUGUCUAUAGUCACAGCCCUUGCGUUUCAUCUGGCCGCGGGGGCACACGCGGGACCGCUGCCAUGUCCACUGCCCACUCUAGUGCUAGCCUAGCUCAAAACCGAACCCCGCCAACCAGCCCCGCCACCAACCGGCGGUUUAGCGAGCGCUUUCGCCAAAUGGUUCGCUUUCUCCGACCCAAUGCGGAUGAAAGCAGCAUCGAAGAGACCAGCACUGAUGACCUACAGUAUGACCUAGCAGAUUUUGAAGGAGAAGGCAUGGUGUUUACGGCUCGCGUAAGUCUCUAUCCCCAAUUGCUUGAGUGCAAGAUCUACACCGGCUCAUCCAUGCCUCACAUCUGCCCUUGGCCCAAUUCGUUCUCCCCCUCUUCCCUCCUGCCUUCGCCUCAGUUUCUCUGUUCAAUGGUGGCUGACCCAGCGGAUUCAGCCGAGGCCAUCGUGUACAAGCUGCAAAAUACCAUUCGUGCAAAGGACAAGAACCCGCGCAUCGUCAACGUCAAAGUUGUGUUGACAACCUCGGCUUUCAAGCUUGUCAAUGCCAGCAACAAUCUCCCCAUCUUAGCUGCCUCAAUCGAAGACGUGCGCCAGUGCUUUCGUGAGAUUGUGUCUGCUGAUGAUCUUGCCAUCAUGCUCGCUGUGGACUUGGCACGCUUGGGCAAGCAACAAAAAUGCUAUGUGCUGCGCACUACCGCAGCCGGAGAUGUCUUCAAUGCUUUGACUACCCUCAUCACUCUGCUUGUGAGCGUGGAUCUAGCUAGCAUCCUUGAAAGGCGCUCGUCUGCUGAGAACAUUGCCGACCGUCUGCCCAACCAAUACCGCCUGCCCUCGUCGGGCAUCGAGGCACCAGCUUCAAAUGGGCCACCCCCAGUGCCCAACACACCUCGGCCCUACACCUUGCGGAGUGACCAUUCCGCGUCUGGCUCCGUUAGCAGCGCCUCCGGGAGCAGCAGUGCCGGUGGUGGCCUCAUCGCUUCUGAUCAUGGGAGUAGUGGAGAAGAGAGCGAUGGUGGUCUCAUUGCUUCCGAUCACGGAAGUAGCGGCGAGGACAGUGAGGACGACGAUGGGGACGACGGCAGCCUCAAAAGCAUGGGCUCGUCCGAGGAGGAGCGAGACGAACGUGAACGCCGAGCAAGCCAAAUACUGCCAGCAGCGGUCAUGCUGCGCGAGUUUGACUUCAAUCUCGAGCGCGACAGCUGGUAUUGUCGCGCAUGCAACUUUCACAACCCACCUCUCCAAGUUGACCAAUGUGCAGAGUGCGGCGCGCUGAGCCACAAGGAAACGGUCUCUCCUUCGGUCUACAGUAAUGGCCGCACCUCGCGCGAGAGUGACAUUCGCGAGGGGUUCUAUCUCGUCAACGAUCAGUUGUACGCCAGCGUUGUGCCCUCACGCAAAAACUCGAAUGCACCGUCUGCUCAGGGCAGCUCGCAAAGUCUGCUUGCUCGCUUUGCACCGCCGCUGCCCCCACGCGGUGCCAGUGAUUCAAAGCUUCUUGUUCGAUCCCAUACUGACAGCCUGGUCACAGGGUCCACGUCCGCGUCGCCCUCAACCACAACAUCCACGAUGCAUCUCGCUGACGCGAACUUGAAGCAGCCCGCCAUCACUCGCAACCCUUUUGCCAGGUCUGCAAAUCGACCGGCACACGAUACCACAAAGCAGCGCGCCGCACGACCCCUGUCUCUGCCACCGAACACGAUCAACGAGCGGAACACGACCGCAGCGCCGACCAAGCGAGCCUCUGCCCCCACGACCAAACCCACAACCAUUCGCUUUCACGCCUCGAACCCCUUUGCUCAGAUGGAUGAGUGCACUAAUGUUUAG